AUGUGCAGCUCGAUCCAUAUUUACUCGCAAGUAAGCCUUGCAAGGGAGUGUGCCCAGGGUCUCUCGGCGCUUCUUCUGCCUCUCUCACCCACCCGCAAUUCUGCUUCCGCGCUUUCAUAAAGCCCUGAUUUUGCCGUUUCAGAUUUUGCUGCUCCUCGUCCCGCCCCAAAUUCGGCUGCCCCCCCAUACGCAAGAGGCGGGGCGUUGGCGACAAGGACCAAUCCCGGGGCUUGCAUGCAAAUCGAGGCCGGCGUGUGUUUGUUUUCAUUUCCCGGUGCAGCGGCUUUUGGGAAAAGGCGAGCGUUGGCUCCAGAAUCUGAGCGGGCCCGGAUUGAGAGAGGAGGCGAAGCUAGGCUCUGCUGUUGCUGAGAGGAACGGGCAGCUGCGACCCCAACGCUGUGGAGUUGCGUGCUGUGGAAAGCCAAAUGUGACACGCGGCAGGGCGAUUUUGAAGAAUGUUUCCUGGAACGGGAUCUUUCUGAUUCUUCCUCAAGUAAGUUAACAGUUUUUCUUUGCAGUUUUUCUUUUUUUAAAAUAAAAAUUAUUUGAUGCCUCUCGUCUCCGCUUUGCGCGCGAGCAACGAUACAAUCCUGUGCAGCCUUGUUUACUCUCGAAAGUGUGACUAGGACUGCAGCUUAAAUAUUUUCCCACAGCUGAAUGUAGGGCAUGUCCCGCGUCUCUAAGUAACCGGUUUUUUAACUGUGCCACCACAGCAGUAAUAAAGUCUAACUGAUAAACAUCCGUCCCCAUUGUUAUAUAGGACUUUCCCAUUCAGUUUUUAUAGUAGCAUAACGUUCUAGGUGCUGUGUGUGCGCGUGUGUGUGUGUGUGUGAGAGAGAGAGAGAGAGAGAGGGAACUUGGAUUAUUUACAGACAAUACCAAUGCCCCGUUGAAAUAUUUUGCGCAAAAUAACUUCCCAGGUGUCUAUGGGGGGCGGGGAGGACGAUCUACAAACGCAUUAAAUAAGAAUUUUUACUUGAAAUUUUGUAUUGGGUCUGAAACCCGUGCCUCCCCCCCCCCGUCGUCUGUGAGCCUUUCAGUUCAUCCGAGUUGGGUUGCUGAACUCUAAAAAGAAGUGCAAGAUGGGAACUGUGAAAUUGUGGACUUUGUGUUUUACGGAUUGCUGAUGUGUUCAAAACAAGCGGCAUCCACAAAUUCCAAUAAAUGCUUAGGGAUGGUUCAUACUUCACCAAAAUAUGAAAUAUCAGACCGAAAUAUGAAUAAAUGAGGCAAUGUGUAUCAUAUAAGUACAUUUAUUGGAUUGCAAAGAUAGAAGAGUUGAAUGUAUACUUCAUGACAAAUACAGAAAGAUCCAGAAUACGGUACAUGUUGCAUUAAAUGCAGUUACAUAUUUAAUAUGUCUGGCUUCUUUUUUGUUAACUUGCAGGCACAGAGGAGCAGAGGGAGGGGAAGAUUAAACCUUUUCCUUUGUACUCCAGGUCCAACUAAAAUUGUCCCUCAAGCUGGGAUUUGCUGUAGGACAGAAGGUGCUGUUGGUGAAACCAUGCAUUUAUUGUAACAUGUAGUUCAGCCUUGAACGUACAAGUUUUUAGGUCAAGUAUGGGGAACUGGUGGCUCUCCAGAUUUUGUUGGACUCCAACUCCCAUCAGUCCCAGCCAGCAUGGACAGCGGUUAGGAAUGAUGGGAAGUGAAGUCCAAUAAUACCUGGAGGGCUACAGGUUCUCCUUACCUGUUUAGAACUUUUCUCAAACAUAUGCACUGUAAUUAUGCAAUUUUAUGGUACAGUCAUAUAGCUUGAAGUAUGAUGUAUAAAUAUAACAAAUUAGAAUAUGAGUUAGCAUCUCACAUGGAAUUCCUCGCAAUAAUGACCGUAAGCUAGAGGUUCCUUUACACAUCAGGAACCUGUUGCUAUUGCACAUGAGGAUCUUCUCACUAAACAGGCACGUGUUUGGUUUAGCAGAUACUGUUACUACUGAUCACCUGAAUAGAUGGGUGAUCUAGAAUAGAGAUGGUGAGAAUAAUGCCCAUAAAAUGAACAUCUUUUUUUUUUGUUAGGGAGAAAGUUGGUUUGCUCUGACAUUAUUAUUAUUAUUAUUAUGCAUUUUUACCUGGCUUAUAAGGUUCCUUAGGAGAUUAUGCCUGAGCUGUGGAAGCUUUAGUAUUACUGAUUUGUAAUUUAUGUGUGGGAACAACUGACCUACUUAGGAAAGCAAUACACAAGGAAUGGAAGAAGGGACUGUACAAAAAAAAUAGGUUAAUAGCCUGGUAGGAAAUAAAUCAGGUUAUGGUUGUCAUGAUCUCCUGUAGUCAGGCAAUAUUGGCUGCUAUAUAUGGGGCAGAUUAGGAUAUGUUUGUAUAGAGUCUAAUCUGUGUUGUGCUCCCUGAUGUUCCUAAUUCUUAUUGAAUAAAGUGUACAUGGAUUAAUUUUGCCCAAAUGACAUCUGUUGUUAUGUUGGGAUUUUGUUGUACUAUAUCAUGGACUGGCUGGAUGCAGAGGAGUGUUGGGGGGCACCAGCUGGGGAACCCUCAAGGGAAACCCCUGGGGAAGAGGUCUCAGAGGCCAGGGGACUGGUAGUGGGAUGACGGGUGAGAGGUCAGAGGAAGCUGAAGAAGCAACAGGGUUUAGUGAGCAGGGAGAGGCUGUGGCAGAGAGCAGUCCAGCUUCAGGGGCAGGAGAGGAGGAGGGCCAGGAGAUGGAGAUGAGGCAGGCUGCUGAAGAAUCCAGGGGGUCUCCCUCUCCUGUUGCGACUAACUCCCCCCCACCCCAGUCUCACAGAACACACAGAGAAAUGAAGAGGGUGGAGCAGUGAGAAACAAGAUUAUGAAGCCUCAGUCUGCUGGGGAAGAAACUGGGGGAAGAGCCUUAGAGAGUGGUGGGAAGGCUCUCACAACUGCUUCAUUGGGGCAAGACCUACUUGGAAGGAUUGCUGUGACCACUAGGUAUGCACUGUUUUGGUUUCUUUGAGUAAAGAAUUAACUUCAAUGACACUGGUGGUGGUGUUGUUUUUGCUGACCUAUUCCUGACUCCAGCUUUUGACAUACUGCAUCUUUUGCAGUUCAUGUAGUAAAAUAGAUUGACAGAUUUGGGAUGGGUAUAGACCAGUGUUUCCCAGCCUUGGGUCUCCAGCUGCUUUUGGACUACAACUCCCAUCAUCCCUAGCUAGCAAGACCAGUGGUCAGGGAUGAUAUGAACUGUCUGGAAACAGCUGGAGACCUAAACUUGGGAAACACUGGUGUAGACUAUUAAUUUUAUCAAUAUUAUUUUCUAGCAUAUCAAACGUGAAUGACUUACUCAAAAUCUAUUUUGGUAUUGGACCAAGAUUCUUCUUUCCACCACAGCCCCCUCGGCCAUUUGACAUAAUUUUGAUUGCAAUGCUAUAUCAAUUUGUCUGGGAGUCUGUUGAGCACAGUGGACCUUACUUCUGAGUAAGCAUGCAAAGAAUUGCACUGUUGAUCUUGGUUUGUGGAUGGCAGACUGUUCUUCCUAGUUACCUGUGUAAAUGGUUGGGAUUUUAUACAUGGUAAAAAAAGAAGUGUAGAUGCCUUUUAAAACAAAUUCCUGAAAACUGAUUUUACAGUUCUUUGGAAAGUAUAUAAAAAACCAUUGAUAUGCACUUUCAGGACAGGAAAAGGUAAUUUGAUUGGUUUAUCUGCACAGUGAAGGAAAAAAAAAAGAUGAAUUCAGACAACCAUAUCCCCCCCCCGACUUUUGCAGUAUCUAGGUACUGGGAUUCAAACCUAACCAGGUCAUCUAAAUGGGUCUUUGCAGUAGUGGACAACAUAAUGCUUAUAGGUUUUCAAAUGCAUUUUGACUUUAGGACACUAUCAUCUGUUAGAUUCCAAAGGCAGCUACAAAAGUCAUCACAUUAAGCAAGAACCCAAUUGUCUGAAUCUAUUAUUGGGUAUAGGCCUCUUUUAGAUGGGUUGUUUUAAUCCCAUGCAUAUGCUUUAGGAGCAGUGAUGCAUAUGGUGACUAGUGCCACUCACAGGUGAAUUGACCUGGUGCCUGUAGGUCAGUUACCCAGUUCUGCCCUAUUUGCCAUGACUCAGAAAAAGGCGGUGAUAAAUUGUGCUGAUGCAUAUCAUUCCAACCACUGUCACAGCCUUUAGGCUGGUGCAAUAUAAAUGGCUGCCUUAGAGGGCAGUUUAUGACAGGUACAAAGGGUGGAACAAAGACUUGAUGUGCGAUUUUUUGUCUAGUACAUUAGCGCCCUCCAGGUAUUUUAGAUGGCAAGUAUCUGAGGGAUAGCUCAUUCGGUAGAGCAUGAGACUCGUAAUCUUAGGAUUAUGGGUUCAAGCCCCUUGUUAGGUGAAAGAUUCCUUCAUUGCAGGGGAUUGGAUUAGAUGAUGUUUGUGGUCCCUUCCAACUCUACAAUUGCAGAGUUUGAUUAAAUUAGCCUUUGCUCUGAUUCUUACAUUCUUAUCUUAGAGUGUUGUUAUUAGUUUGUGGGUGCAAGGCACCUAUAAUUCCUGAAUUUAGUAAGUGUUAGAAUUUAAUCAGUGCCACAACUGUACUGUGCAAUGAGAAGGUCAUACCGACGGAGCAGACUUAACUUCUCAUUUUGUUCAGCUUCUUUUAUAG